AUUUCCCAACAAAGUUGAGGUGGGCUGUGGCGCAAGGAAAUAAUCUUUGGAAACAAGUUGUAAAAAUUCACUUCUCCACACCAACUUUACAUAGAUCUCCCCAAAACACCUUCAGCUGGGAGAGCGAUAAACAUGUGCAGUGGAGCUUCAAUGUGCAUUUGUAAUCAUAGAUCUGACAGCAGAGCGACUGAUUACCACCAAAAGGGAAGCACAAUUGGACAUAAUCUGUGCCUUACAUGGAAAUCUAAAAGCCAUUAGGACAGAAAAUCUGUUCUUGACAUUUAUAGGCUGGUUAAGAAUCGACUUGGUAUUUUUUUUUUCUACAGCUCUCUACGCCUUUUGGUCUAUUGCCUUCUGGAGAACUGAACUUGGUUAUUAACUUGGAUGUUUCUGCUUCACCAUCAAUUAAAGCUCAUUAGUAUCAGGGAAAAACAGCCUUGGAUGGUACAUGAAUAUAACAAUACAUCACUGGAUUCCUUAUUUGGCAGCAAAAUAUUAUAGGGAAAAAAAAAUUCUGUCCCAGCUCAGGUACUUCUCUCUCAUCUCCAUCUUGUGCAACAUCACCAAUUGAUGCAUCUGCAUGGAAAGAAGGCGAGUGGAUUCAAAGUUUUCAUAGAUCAAAAUAGAUGUUAUUCAUAGAUGAGAUAGCUAUAGAUGAUCGGCAUCCUGUUUUAUCACAUCCAGUUUUUGGAAGCCAGCUUCUUUGCAAUGGCUGAUUUUUGUACACAGUAGCAGGACUAAUCAUUCAAAUUACUGUACUUGACUUGCGAACAUAACCAGGUACUGCUCAACGUCAAAACCUUGAACCAAACUUUGAACAAGUCUUGAACAAAUCUGAGAGUAUCAACUUCGUGAUUACUGGACCUUCUUAUCCCCUAUAAUCCCAUCUCACACAUUGAAGCCAUUCCCAAUCUCAUCUCCUCGGAACAAACUUGAACCCCAGGCUUACUAAAAAGGAUUACCCUGCCUUCUGCUUUGAUUGGAGAGAGCUGUCUUCUGGAUUGAUGGUCUGGAGCUUAUGAUGUGGCCUGUUCCUUGGAAGCACUUAUCACCAAGCUGGAUUGAGCGACCCGGAUUAACCUACCACACCAGAGCUGGAGCUAUCACAAAGAAAACAAUGAAAGUUUAUAUUGUGCAAACAUGAGCCAUCUAAAGUGACUAAAGCUCUCUGCCCUUGUCAAGUUUUGAUCACCAACUUGUUCUUUUCCUCACAUUGCUGGAUAUUGAUUUGAAGUGAUCAUUUAUUCAGGGACUUCUUUCUAUGUUGAAUUUCAUUAUUCUUUUUUAAAGAAGACUGCGUCAUAAUGGAUCUAUUUUCAUUGAGGAAUUCUCUAACCAUUUCUUUCUUGGUGAUAUUCUGUGUUUCCAUUACGAUGGGACAACAAGAAUCUAUUCAGAUAUCACCACGUGACGUGACUGUUCGUGAGGGCCGAGAAGUGCGGUUACCUUGUGUCUUGCAACAACCCGGGAUAUGCAACGUAUAUUGGUACCGGAAGGACAUGCAGACGUAUUUCUUCAGGAAUGCGGAAUUCAUGCCACGCAUCCCUUCUGAAGUCAGUGAGCGCUAUUCGAUCCCAGGAAACACUUCAGCGGGUGAUUUUACCCUGCACAUUGUCAAUGUUUCUUCAUGGGAUGAUGGGGAGUACCAAUGUGCCUGUUACGCACCAUCUCAUAGGGAUACAUUGACCUCUGAUCCAGCACUUCUUCAAGUCCUCAUCGCUCCUUCAGACGAGUACCCCAUCUGUGAGGUACGCAAAAGGGAUGGGUUACUGUUGCCUGGAGAUGAGGUUGAACUGAUUUGUCGCUCCACAGAAGGGUCACCUCCGGUUCAGCUCGCAUGGUAUAGAGGAGAUCAGAGACUUCAUUCCGAGAUGUCAUGGAAUUACGAGAUUGUCGCUAAACACAGGACUGUGGUUACACUGCAGGAAAAUCUAUCACAUUUUUAUUGCAGAGCCGAAGGUGAUGCCCUGUUGAUUCCACGAAACUGUACAGUUGAUCCUGUCGCAAUGGCUGCUCCUCCACCCGUUCAGAUUGACUCUAACUUGCAGAAGGUGUGGCAGGAGUUUGAAAGAGGGACGCUUCCUCUGACGGGAGGUCAGCCUCGCUCACAGGACAUGAUAGAACUGAGCUUCACCUGUGGACCAAGCACCAACUUCAGUCGGGAGGUUAAUAAUUUUACCUGGUAUGUCAACCAGGAUCCUAUCCGUCCGGGAACCUUUGGAUAUAUCCUGGAGAAUAAUGGGCGUACCCUACGUGUGACGGACCUAUCCAUCCUCUAUAGUGAGAUAGAUGUAGAGAUUGUGUGUGAGUUGUCCAACAAUGGCUGGACGGUUUCAAACAGCACAACGGUCGUGAGUCUGAAUGGCAACAUCCUUGGGAAACCGACAGAUGCUAUGACAAGGACAGAGCUCCCUACUGUUCCAGACACCGACAUCAUAAUCAACAAACGUCCUGGAAAAUGGAGGCUAUGGCCAAUAUGGCUGCUAAUCGUUUGUGUCCUUAUGUCUCUAUUCUUGCUCAUACUUCUUGCAAUCUACGCACCAGUUAUUUGUGGCUGCAAGAAGAAGAAAGCCAAGAAAUCGCAUGCUCAUUGCCAUCAUGGUGCCACCACCAAGUCUGAAUUUCAUUACACUCACUCGCAAGGAUGCAGCACACUCCGUACCUCUCGUGAUACCUUGAACGUUUACGAGUUGCCCGAGAGCGAGCGCGGAGGAAGUGACCAACAGAGGCAGCAAGUACAAGCGACGUUGCACGUGGUGGUUCACUCUGCCAAUCAUUCUUCCAACAGCCCGGUGGACAGUCAACCCGUCAUCUCCACGGCCGAGACGAUUGUUUCAUCAGACUACACCACCGAGAACUGCCUCGCAACCGCAUCUUCAAAAGCUGUUGGAAACUACUACCACCCCGACCUCGGCCACUACCAGAAAGUCCGUCCAGGUGCGCGCCCCGCCCACUUUAACUCACAGCUCCUGGUUCCACCUUCGCCGAAGCCGCACCCGCCUGCGAGGACUGACUCUUUAGAGCCUCAUUACCAGCAUCCACGAUCGCACAUGUGUUGCAUGAACAAGACAUGGGGACAUAAUGUAAGGCAUGAGAAGCCGUUAUGUAACCACGCCCCUCUGACACUAUCCUCACAACCUGAUGUAACAGAGGGAUGCUAUGUUAGGACAUUACCUCUACCUCCUAAUGAGGUCAAGAAAGCAAGGUUGGUGUACAUGGACAAUGGACAGCUUGAUCAAGUAGCCAAUGGAACUGUGUAUUCUGAUGUACCCUUGGAUGAUGGGGACAAUAUUUAUGAGAACAUUGCUGGAGAAGAAGCGGAAAAGGGUAAUAAACAAACACUUGUUUAAUAUUUGUUGUUCACAACCAAUCCCCUUUUUUUGAGGGGGGAUAACAAAUAUUUUUGUAUGAUCAAAACCUACCUGAGAAAUUCUUGAAGAUAACAUGUAUAAAGUUUUAUGCUAUCUUAUUAUCUGCUUUUUUAGUAACUGUAUGAACAAUUAACAGUUGUAUGAUUGAUUGGAAGAAUGAUUUUGUUCUUUGAAAUCAAUAUCAAAUUCCCCAAGAAACCAACAAUAUUAUCUAAACCUUAGUGAAGAUAUCAAGAUCUUCGCCAUGUUUCUUAGGAAGAAAAAAGAGCUUGGACUACAUAUGCUCACAUUUUUAUUACUAAUCGUUUUCUGAACAACAUAAAUAGGAAAUGCUGGAAUAUGUGAUACAUGGAUAAAGAAUUAUUUUAUUUCAAAUAAUUUCAAAUAAUAUACAUUAUGUGUCUGCAUUCAUGUGCCUACUUUACGAGUAUUUCAAAUUGGUUGAUGCCAAGAAGCCAUUUUGGCAUUCCAUGAAUAGUCAAUGUUGUUCAAGGUCAAUUUCAAUCCAGCAAAAGUUACAAUGAAAUAGAGAAUGUUCAAACAAGCAACACACUGAUAUUAAUCAAAAUUGGACCUAAAAAUGUUACGACAGUUUCAGUGCUUGAUUUCACAAAACAGUUUUAUAGACAAAGUGGAUGGUGUGCAAAUGAGGGAGCCGAUAAUGUCAUCUACUUUCUUCCAUUUUUUGUCAUCAAAUAUAUCUUAUUUUGUAGAUUUAAUAUGUAAAAAAUAUUGUGUUUAUAUUAGAUAAUUGGUUCCCUAGCUCAUUUCCAUACUGGCUAAUCCAUGUUGUGCAGUGUAUAUUUAUAACUGCUUUCUGAAAUUAAGAAAAACUUUGAAAAUGAAAUGUAACUUUGUAUUUUACAUCUAUUUUGAUGACAUUUUAACGUUCAGCUUGUGCGAUUUUCUCUACAGGUACUUAUUUAAUCAACUUUUUUGUGGGAGGGUGGACUUGACCUUGAAAUUUACUAAACACCUCCUUUACACGUAGUUUCAUUUCAUUUCAGUACAACUAGAUUGUGGAUUUGUAAAGUCUUUAAUCAUAAUGAAGAUUGAAAAUAUGCCUCAUGAAAUGCAUAAAAUUUGCAUUUGGUUUACAUUAAAUGUUUUUUUCUAUUGUUUUCAAUUCAAAUUUAAUUUGUAUUUUGUAAUUUCAUCAACUACUAGCAACAGAGGAAAUUAAUCUAUUAUUGAUUGUUAUUAACCCUGUUUGCAUACUUCUACCUCUUCCUCAUUAUUUAUUGCAUCAUGAUGAAAUUGAUAAAUAAUUCUAUAUGUAUGAUGUAGCAUCUGUACAAGCUUUAAUAUUAAGAAUUUGUCAAAAAUACAAAUGUGUUGCUGAAUACAUUUCUUGGAAACCCCUCCCCCCCCAAAAAAAAAAUGUCAAAAUCAACCAAUAUUCUCAUGCGUGUUUAAUUUUCUUAUCCACUGUAUGAAGGGCCUACCAUACAUGUAAUAUUUUGCCAAUAAUGAUCACAUCAUUGGAAAUUUUCUCCAUCAUUUUGGUUGGACUUGUUGGUUAAUUUCCUUUUUAGAAUAUCACAGAAAGUGGUCACAAAUAGGACCUUGCAGUUCAGAUUUUUCGCAGACAAAUCAGUGUUAACCAAUGGCUUUAAUACUAGCAAUGUAUUGCUUGCAAGAUAUAUAAUCAGAUUACAAAACGAUGGAGCUAAUUUCUUGACGAUCCACUGACCUCUAUCAACAUCUUCAAAUCAUUCCUGGCUACCAGUCUUGUUGGCACCAUCAUUUUGAUUCUAUAAAGUCCCCAAGGUUUCAAUUAUCUCCUCUUCUCCUUUCAAUCACCAGUAUUAUAACAUCUGUCUAUUUAAUUGAGCUGACAGACUGAUGCAUCAGGCGUGCGUUCAAUCAGUUUUCGUCAGCGAGAACCAUAAACAUGAAUUUUGUGUAUUUUGGCAGAUUACCUUUUUGGGGUAGUUUUAAAUAAAUACAAAUCACUGAUAUAUUAAAGUGAUAAAUAAGAAAACACCAUUUUUUUUAUAGAUAAUCAACAAUGAAUGUGCCUGUCUAGGCCCACAUAAGUUUAAUUAUUUGAAUACAAUAAGCCUAUUGAGUGAUUAGCCUACAUAUUUCCAUAGUCUAUAAAUUCUAGUUCUUCCAUUUUGUUAAGAUUUUUGUUGAAGAAUGAAUUCAUUACAUUUUAAUAUAAGUAAUAAAUUUGAUUUCUUUUUUACAAGUAAUAAUUUGACUUCUUUAAUGUUAACUCAAUGUAAAUAGACAUUUAUUAUAUGAAAGAUCUUUCAUAAUGUAUUGUAGAAGUAAAAUAUCAAUGUACUGUAUUCAUCUUCAUUGCCAGUCUCAAAUUAAUAUUCACAAAUCAC